GCCGUCCCUGCUCCCUCGCUCUGCAAUUGGGAAGGGUGGUUAGGAAGGCUUGUAAACGUCAUCCAGGUAGCUAAGGUAAUCCCUGGUAUUUAAGGAGGUGAGAAUAAACACUGGUCUUCUUUUAGGCGUGGACAGGUAUGAGAUUGACUAGUCCGAUCCAACCUAAGGAGAAUUUGUAAAGCUGAGGACAUGUGUUUUGGAAGGUGUACUAGAUGUGUUGGUUAUAAGUUGCUCAUCCUUGCCCUGCUCUGCAUCGUGGCCAACAUUUUACUUUAUUUUCCCAAUGGCGAAACAAGAUUUGCUUCAGAGCAUCACCUUGGCAAAUACGUAGAGUGCCUUCAUGGCAUUCUAGGUGGAGGCUUUCUGGUACUCAUUCCAGCUGCAGUGUUCAUUGGGCUGCACAAUGGGGACUGCUGUGGCUGCUUUGGCCAUGGGGGCUGUGGGAAGAGCUGUGUGAUGCUGUCCUCGGUUCUGGCAGCUUUUGUUGGGAUCCUUGGCUCUGGAUACUGUAUAAUCAUUUCAGCACUGGGCUUGUCUCAAGGACCAUAUUGUUUUACCCACCUACAGAGAAACUGGAUCUAUCCUUUCACUGAUUCCUCUGGAGGGUACUUGUUUGAGUAUAACAAGUGGUCUGAAUGUCAAGAACCUCAAAACAUCGUGCAGUGGAAUGUCACCCUCUUUUCCAUCCUCCUUGUCUUGGGAGGAAUAGAGUUCAUUCUGUGCUUCGUACAGAUAAUCAAUGGCAUUCUUGGAGGACUGUGUGGGUUGUGCAGUCACGAGGAGACAUAUGUUUGCUAGAAACCUGACAAUGCAUUGACGUCGGUGGGUGUGUGUAUAAUGUAAUGAGUAUUCUGUGGAUUUUUUUUAAACAUUCCAUGCAUACUGAAAUACACAUUGUUGUCAAACUGUGCUGUUGCCAUCAAUUUAACUGACUUGGGGCCAGCCUUUGUUAUUGGAGUUACAUGCAGGUUUGUCACUAACCUGCCUGUACUUAAAGGCAAAAUGUAUCCUGAAUUUCUUUGGUUCAUUUGAUCUUAGUACAGGCAGUUGCCUGAACGCAUCACUAAAGAGGCUUUAUUUAUUUUUUUCUUUAUACUGACACAAUGGCUCUGUACUUUAUCUCGCUUUCCCAAUAAAGUUGCUCUUUCAUUCUGAUCUUGGAAUGAACACAAACCAAAUCUAGUCUGGCCUGGAUAUAAAUGAAUACUGGGGUUUGGGUAGAUACAUGCACUUCACCUUUUCAGGAUUUUUCUGAACUUCCCCUGUAUUUCACAAAUAAAGAUUUGUAUUAAAAAUACCCAUCAGGUGUCAAUGAUUCCUUCCCUGCCCAUGCUGAAACACUGCUUGCCUGGUCUCGGAGUAAAGGACAGUGGUGGCAUGAGAAUGUGGAUAUAAUGCAGUCAGGUUAUAACCUGCUUUUCCUCUCCAACAGGCUCUGCCAGAGUGGAACUGCUUCACUGCUUGGUUUGGAUCAUUUAGCUGAAUCAACAAGGGUUCAGCAACAGCUCUGUGACAGAUACAGCCGCACAUGUGGAAUCCUAGUCCUGGCUGGCAGUUCCCAAAAGGGUCCCUGUG